AUGGAAUUCAAGAAUACCAAGAAGAAGCGCUUCCCUUCGUCAUCUGAUGAGGAACUAGCAACACCCGAAAAGGUGGAAUCAUGGCCGCGGGCUGUGACUGAAAGUCCAAAAAAGAGACCAAAGCACCAUGGUGACGAAAACCAAAAAGCAGUAUCGGGAAGGGUGAAGGAAGAGAAUACUACUACAUCUACCGAAGGAACAAGCCACGUCGAAAGAAAGCCCAGACCUGACAGCGUCAAAAAAUAUCUAUUGUCAGAACUUGAUGCAGCAAAUGAUAGUACAAAGGAAGGAGAUCAUACUAAAGUGGCUGCCACUGGAGAGACAAAGAUGGGGUUCGGACGAAAACAUAGAGACAAAACAUAUCGAGAAGUUGUCACGAAAGACCAAGAGUACGCCCGUUGGGCAAAGAACGAGCGACGUCACAAGGGGGUUUCUGGCCCGUUGUCAAAAUUCAUGGAAUGGUUAGAUAGCCCGGAAGGUCAAAAUAUAGAGGAGGGCAACCAGCAGUUUACUUAUGGCACUUACCACGGUAAAUCUUUCAAUCAAAUUGCAGAAUCUGAUCCCAGCUACCACGUCCGCUACAGGAAAGCACUCGAGAAGAAAGGGAAGAAACCGGGCGAACAGCUAACUCGGUACAUUAGCUGGUACAAAAAGGCUAUCGGAGCUGAUCCCAAAAUAAUCUCUUAUCCGAGGAAGAGUGGGGAUAAUCAGCGAUUUACUUUUGGGCAGCACAAGGGCGCAACAUUUCUUGAGGUGGCCAGAGGAGAUCCAUCAUACCAUUUGAGAUAUAUGGCUAUGGAUCCGAAUGUUCGCUCUAAGCGGAACGAAUUCAAUGCCUAUGUCGAAUACUUUGAAAGCAAUUGGGAUUCUUGCGAUUAUGAAGCUUAUCGGGGAGGACAUGAUGAUUGGAAUCCAAAUUUCGCUGGUGGCAUCAUAUAUUGA